AGUAGUAUCAAUGAUGUUAGUAAAUUAACCACCCAUGGUGAGUGACAAAGACUAAAGAGCGCAAGAAUCUUCAAAGAGGAAAAGAGAGGUAAAGUGUGGUUUUUGAUGCCUUGAGGGAAAGCAAAAGUUCAAUUUGUGAUCCCAGACACAAAAUUCUUCUCUGGACUUUUGGAAUGAGGUUCCUGCCUUUGCCAGAAGGACAAAAAUAUAUAUGCAGGCUCAAGUAGAUACAAGUUGAUGAGUCAAUUUAGGUACCAAACGCAACAUUUGAGGUGUUUCAGAAAGUACAGAGAACAUAAUUUUAUUGGGAAGAGUUUCCUUGGAUUGGAAAGGGAGGUGGAGAGAGGUCACAAUAAUUUUUAAAGUAACCGUGAAUAUCGUAUGAAGUUCAGUUUUGAGUUGCUUCUGUGCAAGAUUCUAUGCUUCACAUGGUGCCCCUCCUGUGAUCACUUGCUUUAUAAGGACAUCUAUGGGUACAACUAAGGCAUGUGAAAAUCUUGUUAAGGAGAAAAAAGAUUAGACAGAGCUGUUGUGGAAAACUACCCAUAUUUGAAACCUCAAAAGGAAUAGCAUUUGAAAAUAUAGCACAACAAAUUCCAUCUCUCAGGGUCUUUGAAUCAAGAAAGGUAUCAUUCGUCAGAAAAGAGAGAAUGUACUAUCGUCAGCAACAGCAAGCAAAGAACAUUCACUCUUUAAGGAUGCCCAACCCUCCUGAAAGGCAUAUGAUCGUCCAUGGGGGAAGUGCAACUGGAGACUCAGGGCUUGUCCUCUCAACUGAUGCUAAGCCUAGACUAAAAUGGACACCAGAUCUCCAUGAACGUUUUGUAGAAGCAGUCAACCAGCUAGGAGGGCCAGAUAAAGCUACCCCAAAAACAGUAUUGAAACUUAUGGCGAUUCCUGGACUUAAUCUAUACCACCUAAAGAGUCAUCUACAGAAAUACAGACUCAGUAAAAAUCUGCAUGGACAGGCCAACAAUGGCACCUAUAGAAACGAAGCACCAGGGCAAAUGUCCGAAACAGGUGGAGUUCAUAUGAAAAAUUUAACCGUCGGACUUCAGACUAACAAGGACUUAGAAAUAAAUGAGGCACUACAGAUGCAAAUUGAAGUGCAAAGAAGGCUGCAUGAGCAGCUCGAGGUACAGAGACACUUGCAGCUUCGUAUAGAGGCUCAGGGGAAGUAUCUCCAAGGAGUGCUGGAGAAAGCCCAAGAGACACUAGAGAGACAGAAUCUGGGCACAGCAGGACUUGAAGAUGCCAAGGUUCAACUCUCUGAACUGGCAUCUAAAGUAUCAACUCAAUACAUAGAGCCUGCAUUUUCAGAGCUGAAAGAAUUACAGGCAUUAUGGCCUCAGCAAGAGCAAGUGAAUAAAAUCACCAAUUGUCCAAUUGAUAGCUGCUUGACAUCUAGUGAAGGAUCUCAGAGAGACCAAGACGCAAAUUACGUGGGUUUAAAUUUGAGAUUAUGUGAUGGAACUCCAUUUUUAAGCUCAAAAGAGGGUGCUCCAGAGCCUAUUCUUCUGAAGUCUGAUCUCACAUUAAGUGACCGGCUUCAGGAGAAAUUGUUUUUUCUUUCCCCAUCAAGCAAUGAUGCAGAUAGAAGAAACUCAAAACUCACAUCCAUGGAUGUUGGACUUAAAAGAGAAGAAAGCUUGGGGAAACCGCCUGUUUUGAAGGAAGAUUUGAAGUUAGAGGAAGAAAGGUGGCUGAGGAAGGAAAGAGCUGAAAAUGAGGCUGUUCCAGGUAAAAUGAAAUAUGGGAAAAAUUCUCACGAUUAUAGACAGUCUAACUUCGAGACCACACUGGACCUAAAUAUUCAUGAUGAAAAUGAUGCUUCUUCCAACUGCCAACAGUUUGACUUGAAUGGAUUUAGCUGGAAUUGCUAGUUGAUAGUGACGGAAAUUUAGAAGUCAUCAAGUUUGAGUUCCUUCCAACAAUAGUUCCACAGUAGAGACAAUUACUUGAGUCUGUAUCAUGUAUAUGUCUAGUAUGGCCCAAUAGAGCUGAACAAAAUAAAUAGCUCCAGAAAUGGCAAACUAGACUGUGAGUCGUGUUUUGCACAGAGAAUUGAGAUGAGCUACACUGUCAUAAUUUAUGAAUAGUACUGUAACUUCCUAUAGAUUUUGUAUUAUAUAAUUAUGGCAUGUAUAUUUAAACAGAUGUGACUGUAAUAUAAUAAUACUUGCAGUUUUCGAUA